UCACAUCAUCAGUGAAGCUCCUCCCACUGCAAUCACAUCAUCAGUGAAGCUCCUCCCACUGCAAUCACAUCAUCAGUGAAGCUCCUCCCACUGCAAUCACAUCAUCAGUGAAGCUCCUCCUACUGUAAUUCUCCUAUAAAUGCUGUAAAUUCCCAUCAGCUACAAGUGAAGACGAGCAUGAAAGCAUCAGAGCAUCAGGAAGAGCUGAAAUCUGCCAAGACUGAGUUUAUUAAAGAGGACAGUGAGAACAUGAGUGAUCCAGAACCCUGCAGAAUGAAACACACUGAAGAUCCUGAAGAACAAAGAGACCUGAUGGAAGUGAAGGAGGAGGGAGAAGAACUGAGUGAAGUGAAGGAGGAGAGAGAAGAACUGAGUGAAGUGAAGGAGGAGAGAGAAGAACUGAGUGAAGUGAAGGAGGAGAGUGAAGAACUGUGUGAAGUGAAGGAGGAGAGAGAAGAACUGAGUGAAGUGAAGGAGGAGAGAGAAAAACUGAGUGAAGUGAAGGAGGAGAGAGAAGAACUGAGUGAAGUGAAGGAGGAGAGAGAAGAACUGAGUGAAGUGGAGGAGGAGAGUGAAGAACUGAGUGAAGUGAAGGAGGAGAGAGAAGAACUGAGUGAAGUGAAGGAGGAGAGAGAAGAACUGAGUGAAGUGGAGGAGGAGAGUGAAGAACUGAGUGAAGUGGAGGAGGAGAGUGAAGAACUGAGUGAAGUGAAGGAGGAGAGAGAAGAACUGAGUGAAGUGAAGGAGGAGAGAGAAGAACUGAGUGAAGUGGAGGAGAGAGAAGAACUGAGUGAAGUGAAGGAGGAGAGAGAAGAACUGAGUGAAGUGAAGGAGGAGAGAGAAGAACUGAGUGAAGUGAAGGAGGAGACAGAAGAACUGAGUGAAGUGAAGGAGGAGAGAGAAGAACUGAGUGAAGUGAAGGAGGAGAGAGAAGAACUGAGUGAAGUGAAGGAGGAGAGAGAAGAACUGAGUGAAGUGAAGGAGGAGAGAGAAGAACUGAGUGAAGUGAAGGAGGAGAGUGAAGUGAAGGAGGAGAGAGAAGAACUGAGUGAAAUGGAGGAGAGAGAAGAACUGAGUGAAGUGAAGGAGGAGAGUGAAGAACUGAGUGAAGUGAAGGAGGAGAGAGAAGAACUGAGUGAAGUGAAGGAGGAGAGAGAAGAACUGAGUGAAGUGAAGGAGGAGAGAGAAGAACUGAGUGAAGUGGAGGAGGAGAGAGAAGAACUGAGUGAAGUGAAGGAGGAUAGAGAAGAACUGAGUGAAGUGAAGGAGGAGAGAGAAGAACUGAGUGAAGUGGAGGAGGAGAGAGAAGAACUGAGUGAAGUGGAGGAGGAGAGAGAAGAACUGAGUGAAGUGAAGGAGGAGAGAGAAGAACUGAGUGAAGUGAAGGAGGAGAGAGAAGAACUGAGUGAAGUGAAGGAGGAGAGAGAAGAACUGAGUGAAGUGAAGGAGGAGAGAGAAGAACUGAGUGAAGUGAAGGAGGAGAGAGAAGAACUGAGUGAAGUGAAGGAGGAGAGAGAAGAACUGAGUGAAGUGAAGGAGGAGAGUGAAGAACUGAGUGAAGUGGAGGAGGAGAGUGAAGAACUGAGUGAAGUGAAGAAGGAGAGAGAAGAACUGAGUGAAGUGGAGGAGGAGAGUGAAGAACUGAGUGAAGUGACGGAGGAGAGUGAAGAACUGAGUGAAGUGACGGAGGAGAGUGAAGAACUGAGUGAAGUGGAGGAGGAACAUCAUGUACAACCUGGAGGAAAACCCUUGAGUCGCUCAAAGACUAAAAAUAAAUUUUUAAAGAAAAGAAGAGCCCAGAAAUCUUUCACCUGCACUCAGUGUGGAAAGAGUCUCACAAGCAAACGAAGUCUUAAGAUUCACAUGAGAAUUCACACUGGAGAGAAGCCGUACUCAUGUGAUCAAUGUGGAAAAACAUUUCUUAGGGCAUCAGAGCUGAAGACACACCAGAGAGUUCAUACGAAGGAGAAGCCGCAUUCAUGUUCUGUGUGUGGACAGAGUUUUUCACUGCUGCAAUAUUUACAUACACAUGAGAAAAUUCACUCUGGUGUAAGAGAGUACAUGUGCUUUGAGUGUGAGAAGACUUUUACUACGGCGGACGGUUUAAAACAGCACCAGAGGAUCCACACUGGAGAAAAACCUUACAAGUGUUCUCACUGUGACAAGAGAUUCAGUGUGUCAUCAUCUCUGAAAACACACGAGAGGAUCCACACUGGAGAAAAACCUAACAAGUGUUUUCACUGUGACAAGAGAUUCAGUCACUCAUCAUCUCUGAGAACACAUGAGAGGAUCCACACUGGAGAAAAACCUAACAAGUGUUCACACUGUGACAAGAGAUUCAGUCGGUCAUCAUCUCUGAAAACACACAAGAGGAUCCACACUGGAGAAAAACCAUACAAGUGUUCACACUGUGACAAGAGAUUCAAUCACUCAUCACAUCUGAAAACACAUGAGAUGAUCCACACUGGAGAAAAACCUAACAAGUGUUCACACUGUGACAAGAGAUUCAGUCGGUCAUCAAAUCUGAAAACACAUGAGAGGAUCCACACUGGAGAAAAACCUUACACGUGUUCACAUUGUGACAAGAGAUUCAGUGACUCAUCAUCUCUGAGAUCACAUGAGAGGAUCCACACUGAAGAAAAACCUUACAAGUGUUCACACUGUGACAAGAGAUUCAGUCUGUCAUCACAUAUGAAAAAACAUGAGUGGAUCCACACUGGAGAAAAACCUUACAAGUGUUCACACUGUGACAAGAGAUUCAGUCUGUCAUCACAUCUGAAAAAACAUGAGAGGAUCCAUACUGGAGAAAAACCUUACAAGUGCUCACACUGUGACAAGAGAUUCAGUCUGUCAUCACAUCUGAAAAAACAUGAGAGGAUCCAUACUGGAGAAAAACCUCACAAGUGUUCACACUGUGACAAGAGAUUCAGUCACUCAUCAUCUCUGAGAACACAUGAGAGGAUCCACACUGGAGAAAAACCUUACAAGUGUUCACACUGUGACAAGAGAUUCAGUCGUUCAGGAACUCUGAAAACACAUGAGAGGAUCCACACUGGAGAAAAAUCUUACACGUGUUCACAUUGUGAAAAGAGAUUCAGUGACUUAUCAUCUCUGCAAACACAUGAGAGGAUCCACACCAGAGAGAAGCCGCACACGUGUGAUCAGUGUGGAAUUAGAUUCUGUUUUAAAACUCCCCUGAAGCUACACAUGAAGAUCCAUGCAGUAGAGAAACCACUUCACCACAGUCUGAGAUCAUGGUAA